AAAAGAUGGUCUCCCACUGUUCGAUCUCACGUCUCGCACCUCUGCUGCCCCUGCUGCCGAUGCUGAUAGUACUGUUCGCUCACAGUGGGCCACACGCAAUGCUGCUGCACGUCUUGCAGUACGUAGUCACUUGCCGUCCACUGAGCGCGCGCACUUUAGUCAGUCCAAGAGUGCUAAGACCUUGUACGACGCUGUAGUUGCACGCUACUCUUCCCCUGCCACUGCUGCCCUUAGUCGCCUCAUGCUGCCGUACCUGUUACCUGACCUCGCUGCCUUCCCCAAAGUCGCUGACCUCAUUACGCACCAUCGCACUAGUGACACCCGCUACCGCGCUGCGCUUCCUGCUGAGUUCUGCGCCAAGAACACCCCCCUCCACCCCAUGUACAUCGCCCUCUACUACCUAGUCACCCAGCUCCCUGACUCCCUUCGCUCGGUCAGGGACCACUUCCUCUCUGUUUGCCCCACCACAGUCACCGUUGACCUCAACGGCAAGGGGAAGGGGGGCAAGGGCGCAGGAGGAGCUGGCGGGGGUGGUGGAGGUGGCGGUGGAGGCGGCGGAGGGGGUGGGGGUGGCAGCGAGCUGCUUAGGUCGGGGGUUGCUAUCUUUGAUCUUGAUUAUGAUGCUAUUCUUGCUGUUAUGUAUGUUGUGUCUACUGGUGAUGAGGGUGACUGUUACUUGUGUGUUCCGCCUGACCCGAGCAUUGAGGUUGCUGCUCUAGUUGCUGGUGAGGCUGCUGCUCUAGGUGUUAGUGUGUCUGCUCCUCUACGUGCUGGUGAGUCUGCUGCCCCAGGUGCUGGUGAGUCUGCUCUCUCAGGUACCACAUUGGCUCAGGCUUUGCACAACUUCACCCUUGACUCAGGUGCUUCCCGCUCCUUCUUUCGAGACCGCACCACACUCACGCCGCUUAGUCGGCCGGUUGCAGUCUCCCUGGCAGACCCCUCUGGGGGUCCUGUCCUUGCCCACUUCUCCACUGUCUUACCGUGUCCGGCGGCCCCUUCUGGCACCCUGUCAGGCCUUUACCUCCCCUCGUUCUCUACGAACUUGGUGAGUAGUGCUGAUCUCCAGGAUGGGGGGGUUGACCUGUUCACUCCUGCGAGUCAGCGAGUGACCCACUGCACGUGUGCUCUGACGGGCCGACACUUGGCCACGUUUACCCGUCAGCCGAGGUCGAGCCUGUACACACUGACUACUGAGUCUCCUCCGGUUUCUGCGUCUGGUCAGGUAGCUGCGUCGGGUCAGGUGUGUCUCAGGUAG